CGCGAGACGCGCCAUGCGACGGAAUCCUCCCAACCUGUCUUGCUGUCUUACACGAGCUAUUACUCGAUGUUACCAGAUCCACUGCGGAGAACAUGAUCAGAUUCACGAAAUGGCGCCAUCGGCCAAGCUGUGACUAGCUCGGUUAUUGUUAUAUUUUGAAGAUGGGACUUUUCAUUUUCAAUGAUUUAGUCUUCAGGCAGGUUAUCACCAGCGGCGUCGGUGGUGUAUGACAACGUAAUUUAUAGUCCUAGACAGAUGAUCGACCGCGCAACAAAAGGCACACAAUGACCACGCAAGCCCAGCCUGGUGCGGGAGAAGAAUAUGGGAGAAAUGCAGAUUUCAAUUUCGGCACCUUCCCAUCCAAGGGCAAUAGCAAUGAUAACGACAACGACAAGCAAAAGACCACCGCACAUCGAAUUGCAACUGAUAAUGAAGCCGGGAAGGAUGAGGGUAGUGCCAAGGAUGCGUAUUCAGCGCCGUUGCAUCGCAAGUUAAAGUCCCGGCAUUUGCAGAUGAUUGCGAUUGGGGGAAUCAUCGGUCCUGGGAUUUUGGUUGGGUCGGGAAAUGCGCUGCAUAAUGGAGGGCCGGCUGGGGUUCUGAUCAGUUUUGCGUUGGUUGGGAUUAUUGUGUUUUUCGUCAUGCAAUCGCUCGGCGAAAUGGCUACGCUUAUCCCCGUCUCUGGCUCUUUUAUAGAAUACGCAGAAAGGUUUCUGGACGACGGCGUGGCAUUUGCUCUAGGCUGGGCGUAUUGGUAUCUGUGGGUGACUGUGCUUGCAAAUGAAUAUACGUCUAUCGGCCUUGUCAUUGGUUACUGGACUGAGACGGUCCCGUUAUGGGCCUGGAUUCUGAUCUUCUGGUUUAUAUUUCUGGGCAUGUCGAGUUUGGGGGUUCUGGUGUAUGGUGAAGUAGAAUUCUGGCUGGCGUUGAUUAAAGUCCUCGCUAUAACGGUCUUUUUCAUACUGGCCAUCAUCAUCAGUGCUGGCGGCAUCGGGCCUCAGAAAAUCGGAUUCAAAUACUGGCAUCACCCGGGAGCGUUCGCGGAUUCUAUCAACGGUGUUGCGAAGACCUUUGUUGUGGCUGGGACUCUCUAUGCUGGGACAGAAAUGGUCGGCAUCACGGCCGGCGAAUCAGCCAACCCCCGUCGAGCAGUCCCCAGAGCAAUCCGACAAGUCUUCUGGCGCAUUCUCAUAUUCUAUCUAGGCAUGAUGUUUUUCAUCGGAAUAUUGAUCCCGUACAACGACCCACGUCUUUUGUCUUCUGGAUCCAAAACCGCCAGUUCACCGUUAACCAUUGCGCUAUCAGAAGCAGGGAUUCUCCCGGCCGCGCAUCUGAUCAACGCGCUUAUUGCCAUCUCUGUGUUGUCCGCGGGGAAUAGUUCGUUGUACGUUGCUUCAAGGACGAUUCUCUUCAUGGCACGCAAUGGGAAAGCGCCGAGGUUUUUAGGCGUCACCAACAAGGCUGGCGUGCCGUGGGCGGCGCUGGUUUUCACAAAUGUGUUUGCGUGUAUUUCAUUCCUGGAUUUAUCGUCGAGUGCGGGUGUGGUUUAUUCGGCGCUGAUUACUCUGUCUGGCGUCGCGACAUUCAUCGUCUGGGGCACCAUUGGCAUCGCGCACAUCCGCUUCCGCCGCGCCCUCCAUGCGCAAAACCAAGACCUUUCCAUCCUGCCCUAUCGCGCAUCCUUCUAUCCAUACGGCACAUAUGCCUCUGUGGCCGCUAACAUCUUCCUUGUUUUCUUCCAGGGAUACACAGCAUUCCUCAACCCAUUCAGCGCCAAGGACUUUGUCAUUAACUAUAUCCUGAUACCCGUGUUUGUGAUUUUCGUGUUUGGUUAUAAGUUCUGGAACAGGACGAAGUGGGUUAAACUGGAGGAGAUGGAUCUGUGGACGGGGCGGAGGGAGGACUUGAUUACUGACGACGAGAGGCGACAGAAGAAGGCGGCGGCGGCGAAUGUGUGGUGGAAGAUGGCGUAUAAUGUUGUCGUUGGGUAGUUCAACUGUGCGGGAGAGAAUAUAUAGUGUAGUGUAGACCAGGGGGACGCUUCCCCGCAACCCCGGAUUUCAGUUAGUCACAUGGAAACGGGGGCAACCAGUAAGGUGCAGCUGCAAGUUGACAUCCCUGCUUUCUUUCGCACAGAGGAUUAUUUAUUAUUUUAACUGUCCCCCCAGGCUGGUCCCGUCUCCUUCCCAUCUUUUUUUCUAACACACAUGUCCUGUAUUUCUAUACCAUACUGUCCAGCUCACAACACUGCUUGAUGCAAACUAAAAC